AUGAGUCACGUGGCCGUAAAGGAAAUUAAUCUCCAGCACCAGCGCUGCAAGGAAGUAUUGAAAGAAAUCCUGGUCAUGAGGGAAAUGAGGAACCCCAAUAUUGUCACCUACCUAGAAAGCUACCUUGUCAAUGAGUUUGUCCUGCUGGUGUUGGAGUACAUGGAUGGAGGCUCUUUAGCAAAAGUGGUCAGCGAGAAAAGGAUGGCUGUAGGACACAUGGCAACUGUCUGUCAGGAGUGCCUGAAAGGCCUGGCUUUCCUUCAUGCCAACCAGGUGAUCCACAGAGACAUCAAAAGCGACAACAUCCUUCUGGGCCGGGAUGGCUCCGUCAAGUUGGCUGAUUUUGGCCUCUGUGCUCUGCUCACACCUGAGCAGAGUGAACGGAGGUCAAUGGUGGGGACAACUUGCUGGAUGGCACCCGAGGUGGUGAGAAAAGAGCCUUACGGUCCCAAAGUGGACACCUGGUCCCUUGGCAUCGUGGGAAUUGAAAUGGCCAAAGGAGAGCCUCCUUAUGUUUGGGAGACCAGUGACAGGACAAAAUCCCAUUCCCGCAGCUUGGAUGAGUUCCAAGAAGGUCCACUCCUAAAAAGGUCCCUGCGGCUCACAUCAGCUGUCAAGGUCGCCUCAGAGGUGGAAGGAGUCAAGUCUACGGUUCGAGGGAAGGAGGUGGCUGCAUUUGAGAGCAGGCGCCACUCCUCACGAGAGAGGGCCUUGCAAGUGGCAGCAGAGACAGCAGAGGAACCAGAGCUUGCGAGGAACCUGCUGAAGGAAGAGGUUCCUCUGGCGGUGCCAAAGGCUCAGCAGCACGUAUCGGAGCUGGAGAUCACCAGGAGCCGUCUGGAAGCCCAAGUGCGCACGGCCACACGGGCCCAGGAGGUGAUACUCGAGGAUGUGAAGGGCCUCCGUCAGGAGCUGCAAGCUGUAAGAUCUCUCAGCAAGCAGCAAUGUGAAGAAAUGGCUCAAGAGCUCCGCUGGGCAGAAGAGCAGUGCUGCAAGGCUCUCAGACACUGGCAAUCUGCUCAGAAAGAGGAAAAAAGGAAGCUCCAGCAAGAAAUGAAGCAAUGUCUGGAACGGCAGCGCUUGGAGGCGCAGGCGAUGCUGGAGGAACGGGAAAGCUUCCUGGCAGAGCUCGCCAGCACAACACUUACUGGGCCACUGAAGCACAGCUUUGCUGCCCUGGGCAUCAAAGCUAGUGCUUUGGCUGGUGGGCCAGCAAUCCUGUGA